AUGCAAACGAAUUGGGCCGUAGAAAAGAUUUGUAAAAUUAAGGUACCAAAGAUGCUAUUUUUCCCUACUUCUAUUCCCCGUCUAUAAUCUUUGACGAAGACCACAAUUACCUAUUCUUUCGGCUUCUCCCACCAAAAUUUUGAAGCUACUGCAAUAUGAUUGAAGUAGAAACGGAUGAUGACGGUGGGAUUGGAAUCGAAAAGAGCUGUAAAAGCACAAGCAAUUUAACAAUGGUGGAAAUCAUUCUCAAAAGAAUUGGUCCUUCCCCUCCCACUCGUCUGAUUGUCCCAUCUCCGAUCAAAGUACAUUUCGAUUCCCCUUCUUGUCUUGUGUUGAAUUCCAUUGUAAAAUCAAGUUUAUGGUUAUUAUGGGAUGUUAUCAUAUCUUUUCUUUAGUAGUAAUUCUAUUGACAUCUGAGCUGGGACUUUUGCGAUUUUGGGGUUUUUCCUUUUUGGGGUUUUCUUUUUCUGAAGAUUAUGUUUAUCUUAGGAUUUUUUUUUUUUUAAUCAUUUUGUGGUAUAUUUGAUGAAAUUCUGCCAAUGUUCAUGCACUGUGGGCUGUAUUCAGUCCGUUCUUAGAAGGGACUAAGGGGAGGGAAUUUCAUACUAUGAUGAUUCGGUGUUCUGGAUUGAACCUAGGUCAGCUAGCUUUGACAUUGAAAAACAAGAGCUACUUUUCUUCUUUAUUUGGCUUCCAUUUUCUGUCUUUGGAUAUUUUAGUAUGAUUUUGACUCUGGAGAAUUUCCUAACAUUUUAUGCUUCUAUUCUUGUUGGUGCCGAUAAGGUGUAUGAUUUGAGAAAAUUGAUCGCUGAGAAUGGCAACUUGCGUGCGGAAAAUUUGAGCCUUAUAUGGCAUGGAAAUGCUUUGCAUGACCACAAAAACGGGGAUGAUUCAUUCGUUCAACUAAGUGAUGGAGAUUCCUUGAUUGUUGCUGUGAAACCCAAGCCUCCUCCGAAGCACGUGCGCGAUGAUUUUGAUGAUGAUGAUGAUGAUGAUGAACUGAAGUUCCAACUUCCUCAAUCUAUUCACGGCUGGAGAAGGAGACUUUUUAUUAUAUUGCGCGAGAAGUUGAAGCUUCCUGAUAUCAUUUUGAUGGCUAUUUUCUCCCUCAGUGUAAAGAUGUGGUUUCUCAUUGUUCUAUGGUUUAUUUUAGCACCCUUUGCCCAAAAAAUGGAUCUGGGCCCUUUAUAUAUACUUGCGACAGGCUUCGCCAUCAUCUUCUACAACCUUGGGCACCGCCGGCCUGGUGAUGCAAGUGCGUACUCUAUAUUCAAUGAAGACUUUAGAGAACUCCCUGGGACACUCAAUGCAGACCGUCUGGACAGAGACAUUCGAGCUGGUCAAUUUUGAGUAAGCCGGAGUUAGCUAAUCCUUUUUGCCUCGGAUACUGAUGUUUAGACAUGUUAGCAUUAUACUGUAUGUAUGUCAACUGUAUAGAAGAGCAGAAAAGUUAGCACAUGCUUAGCGGCUUUGUAGUUUUGCAGGUAAUAGCUAUGAUUCAGGCAACAUAUGAUUUGGAAAUUUCCACCAGGAAAAUGCUAUUCUUUAGUCUUGUACAAGGCUUUGGUUACAUUGACAACAUUAUGGUGCUGUUUAUAAUCACAGCUGCUUCUUUUAAUGAUCAUGUGGCGUGUUUGUGCUAUUCUCAAUCUCGUGAUGGUCAUCUGUUUGCUAAUUAAAGGUUACCGGACCUAGUUAAUUUACUUUGAAGAUGUAGGACCAAUUAAAG